AAAUAAAUGGGCUUUAGGUAUGUAAUCAGCUUUUAGAGAAUACUUUGCUUAUAGGACAUAAAUGAAAGGAGAAAUUGAAUUGAAUUUGGCAAGUGAUAUAAGAAUCAAAGCAUGGUUAAAUUGUUUUGAUUGUCCAGAUACAAUAAGGGCAGUAGCAUAAUUUUGGAAUGAAUUUAUAGAGUAAGACUAAUAAAAUAUAUAUUUUAUAGACCUAAAGUGAAUGAUCAUUAAUUUUUAUUAAAAGCUGUAUCAAAAAUGGCAGAUUCUUUAUAUUUAAUGUUUAAGAAUACAGAAUUCAAAUUUUCAGCUGGAGAUCCUACAGGUCGAAUUGAUCAUGAUAUGGUUUUACUUAAAAAGAGAUAAUAAUUGAUUGCUGAUGCUAUUUUAGAUAUGAAAACUAAUUUAGGUAUUGGUAAUCAAUAAUAGUAUAAAUUAUUACUAAUUAUUAAAUUAGAAAAAAGUAAUAGACAGUAAUUAGUUUGGAACCAUUAAAUAUUGAGGAAAUGAUGGAUUUAGAAAAUGAUUAAGAUUUAUAAGCAAUAGAAAGAUUUUUGAAUAAGAAAAAACCAAAAAAAUAACAAUAAUAGUAAUGA